UGCUGUUUAAACACAGAUGUAAUCUUCUAAAUACAAGGUAAUUCAGAAUGGAUAUGGGGAUCACUUCCAUCUUGAAAUCGCAGGCAGUCUUCAUCUUGGUCGUCGUAAUUUUCCUUAUUUGCAAUGUUUUGUGUGACACCGAUUUUAACCCGUAUACCGUACUCGGAGUGAGCCAGACUGCCAGCGUGUUGGAAAUCAAGAAAGCUUAUAAACAACUCGCUAAAGAAUGGCAUCCUGACAAGAAUAAUGCUCCUGAUGCAGAUGAGAUGUUUAUGAAGAUCCAGGCUUCAUAUGAGAUCCUUUCAGAUGAAGAAAGAAGGCGUGAUUAUGACAAUUACGGACACACGGAUCCAAACCAACAACAACGUGGGUUCAGUGGUUUUCAUGGCUUUCAGGGAUUCCAGGGGUUCAAUGAAUUCCAGGGUUUUGAUUUCCCAUUCAAACGUAGCAGUAACAGUGACCAGCGUCAUCGAAUUAACACAAUGGGUUAUCAUUCACGUGUACUACCACUUAGCAACAAGAAACCAUUUCUCAUCUAUGUGACUGCUGAUUGGUGCUUUACUUGUAUGAGGGUGGAGCCAGUCUGGGAGGCUGUCGUCAAGGAUCUAGAACCCUUAGGUAUCGGCAUAGCUGUUGUAAAUGCUGACUAUGACCGAAGACUAGCUGAGGAACUCGGCGUACGACGAGUACCUGCCAUAGUCGCAGUAGUUGCAACCAAGCUCUACCAUUUUACGGCUAUCAACACGUUGAGUGUGAAGACAUUACGAACAUUUUUAGAAACACUGUUUCCAUAUGACUUGGUAACCAUGGUGAACAGUGAUAAUUCUCAAAAUUUCCUUAGUGGCUGGAAAGAUAAUAAGCCCAGGUCAUUGCUUUUUUCAACCAAAUCCAAGCCUCCACUGUUAUACCUGACUGUUGCUUACGAGAAUCGAGAGAGAGUCGCUUUUGGCUUUACAUCAGUCACUGCGAGAGACAGCAAGGACUUGAAGAAAAAACAUGACAUUAGUUCAUCUGGACCAACAUUGUUAAUAUUUCAAGAAGAUACUGAUAACUAUGUGCACAGAUUGGAGGCAAGCUCUAUGCAAACUGGUGCCAUACGUGAUGCAGUGAGAGGUCAUUAUUUUCUAACCUUACCAAGAUUGUCAUCACAGGCCGUAUUUGAACAGUUAUGUUCACUUACAUCAGCACAUUCAAAACAAUUCUGUGUCAUUUUGAUCACAAGUGAUACAAGUGCACAUGAUGAAGGUAGAGCUGUGCUCAGAGACUUUGUUAAAAAGAGCAAUUACCCAAGAAACAAGGUCCGUUUCUCUUACAUCUAUGAAAAUACCCAGAAUGCAUUUGUGAAGGCACUCAGCAAAGGUCGAGUACUUCAGAACGACUGGCCAUUACCGUUAGCAGUAAUUUGGAGGAAGAAAACAACCAGAGUUGCCUACGAAUGGCUACCUACGGGAUGGAGUGGGAAACAAGAACAGAGUGAGGAAGACAAAGAAAAUCUUCGAAUAUUCCUGGAUAAAAUCCUUUCCGGAAGCAUGUUACUACCAAAAGAAUCAGAUGUUGAAGACUUAAUUGAUGAAAACUAUAGUACAUUUACAGUUGUGUUUGAUACGUUAGGUGGUUGGUUUAGUUAUGUUAUCAACUAUGUCAGUAGUGCUAGAUGGGAGGAGUCAAUAUUAACACUGUCAAUGCUUGCUUUAUAUCUGCUUCCAAUUCUGCUCGUAUUUGGUAGCGCUUUUUCAUUCAGCAAAUCAAGUGGGGAGCCAAGAAGACAAAGGAGAAGUCAAGAGGAUAACAUUUCUGUGAACGCAGAAAGAAAUGAAGUAAUCUUGACUAUUCAUGAAAUGAACACUGCUAAGUACAGGGAGUGCGUCAUUAAUUCGCAACCAGGGAAAUUAACAUUGGUUUUGUUAAUUGAUCGAAAACACAAAGCUAGUUUAUUAGAACAGUUUAAAAAAGAAAUAGAACCACAUUUGAUCAGUUUUGAUUCUGUCGGCGUGACAUGUACUUAUCUUCCCGUGGAAGCCUAUUAUCAAUGGUUUGAAAAUCUGCACUCAGUAUCAGAACAAUCAACAGAUCACGGGAAAAAAUAUUGCGGCACGGUACUGGCAAUCAAUGGACAUAGAAAAUAUUAUUCUUUAUUUGAACCUCAUAAAAGGGAUGCUUUGAAUGGUGAGGCAAGGCAGAGACGUUUAGAUGGAGAAUUUUUGGGUUUUGAUAAUGAUGAAGACACGGAGGAGGACAGUUAUUUGCUGCUGCACCUGAACAUGUGGUUAGAGCGGAUGUUUGACGGUUCAUUGCAGAGAUUUAUCGUGGAUGACUGGCCUGUACUUAACGCCAACAAUGUCAGAUAGCUUUCUAUUCUAGGACUUCAGUUAUCAUAAUACUUGUUGUAGAUUGUGUUUUCAAUGUCCUCCUGCUAUGAUUGGUUCAUGGUCAUCACAUGACAUGAUCUUUUGCUGAUGGGUAGAUAUGGUAGCUGAUGUGUAGAUUGGGCUGCUGGCGGGUUGAGUUGAGAUGAGGGUUGUUGUUG